CAAACAUGGAAAAAUUUUCAACGAUGGCAUGAAACAUUGCCGGUUACUUAGGGGUUCAUUGACAAUUCCGCAACACUUUUGGGGGCGAUUUUAACACAGUGCAAUAGUUCGGGGGUAGAAAAUAGGAUUAUUGUCAACAACCGUCACGUCCGGAGCCGCGCGUGUCCCUCCGGCGAAGUUGAAAUUUGAAUCCGUUAAAUAGUGACUCACCGUCGGUAGCCAUUUUCCCUGCAUUCUCUCCACCACGGCGGGAUUUGGUGGUUGUGUUCGCGUAGGGAAUGAAAUGGGGUCAAGUAGCAGCAAGUCCAGUGCUGCCGCCGGUGCACCGCCGUCGUCAGUUGCUCGGAAGGCUCAGUCCAGCCGAAACCGAAUUUUCCGGCCGUCGUGUCUCCGAUCUGUCGACUAUGAAGGUGACGGUUCACAGAUUUCCAAACAUCAACAUAAAGGAAAUUGUAGAACUGCACCUAGAAGAAAUGACUCUGGAGUAGAACCAGAUGAAUGUUACGAAAGUGUUAAAACGUAUCAGCCAGAGGAAACUGGUGUAAGUUCUGAUGUAGAGCUGGACGAGUGGCAUCAAUCAAGAUUUUAUGAUGUGCCUAGUUCUUCGUCCAGGUUGCCUAAUUCUUCCAGUCCGACUAGUAUUAGGUACCGGUUAAGUAGAGCAAAUGAAUCGGGAUCAUCAUGUAGAGCUCCUCCUGCACCGCCGACAAGCUUUGUGGUUUCAAAUAAUGAAGAUGGUCUUCAUCUUCAGUCGUGUUCAUCGCUUAUGUUUGCUAACAAAUCUGGGAGGUCCCAUAGCUGUGAUCUUUUUCCUGCAUGCUUUGGUAAUAGGGAAAGUCAAGUUUUUUCCUCUAACAGCUCAGAUCAUUCCCAACAUGACCAACAUAUAGUUUCUGGUCAAGGUUUGGAUGUGAAUUUGUUUUGUCCUGAAAGCUGUGCCGAUGGAAUUGGGACAAGAGUUGCUGACAGAAGCACAACUCGUGCUCCUGCUGAAAGGAAUAUCCAAUUCAGCAGAACAUUAAGUGUUGGCAGGCUUCGUGAUAGGGUUGUCCGAAGAGCACCUUUUCAUGAGUCUUGUCCUUUUUAUAGAGAGGUUGAAGUGAGGGCCGUGAGGCAGGGAAGUAGGAGACAGAAUUUUGUUGGUGGAUUAGGAAAUGCAAUGUCUGAAGUGAAUGACUCAGUUCUCCCUUCAUCUGGUGUCUCAAGUUCCUCAUAUAAUGAGAUUUCAAGAGGAGCAGAUGCCACGUAUAAUGAACUCUUCGAGCAUACCAUGUAUAAUGAACUCUUGGAGCAUAGAUCAAAUUUUCUUGAGCGGCGAAGAAGAAUAAGAUCUCAGGUACAUGCGCUUCGAAGGCUGGGAAGCCGUUUUGAGAACGCCACUGGGCAUUCAAGAACUUGUGUUUUAUCUGGUCAGCAUAGAUCCGGUCAUUGCAGCUGUCGUACGAGUAAUCGUGAAGCUAAUUCAGACAUUCACAAUAGAGCCAGAGAUAGCAUAUCUCGAAUUGUUAUGUUAGCUGAAGCUUUGUUUGAGGUUCUGGAUGAAAUUCAUCAGCAAUCUCUAGUGUUAUCGUCCCAGCCUUCUGUAUCUUCCAUUGGAUCUCUUCCAGCACCUAAUGAUGUGGUGGAAUCCUUGCCCGUAAAAGCAUACUACAACAAAUCAGAUAAUCACAUGGCCGAAGAAACUGCAAAAUGUUACAUAUGUCUCGUUGACUACGAGGAUGGAGACAAUCUGCGUGUAUUGCCUUGCCGCCAUGAAUUUCACAGGGCAUGUGUAGACAAAUGGUUGAAAGAAGUUCACAGGGUAUGCCCACUAUGCCGAGGUGAUGUCUGCAGAUCUGAAAGGUCUGAUGGUCUAUUGUUGUAAUUAGAAAGAAAGAAGAAAACUUCAUCUCUUUUGAAGUAUACUUUAGGUAUGGUGUGAGCAAGGAUGAUGAGAGCACAAACUGGAUUUGCUUGAGCUUCCAUUUGGCCUUUUUUCCUUCUUUAAGUGUUCAGUUUGUGCUCUAUUUGUCAUGCAACAAGAUGGCUAUCAAUAGCACUUUUCUUUGAUUUGGGGUUUGUUCU